CAAGUCCUGUGUUAUAUUGUACUAGCUUGAUUACUCCUUGCUGAUCUUGUAAUCUCACAGCUAAAAGUAGAUCAAGAGGUGGGGGAAGAGAACCUUACUUCCAUCGUUCCAUUGUUCUCUAAAAGAAGAUCAAGAGGUGGGGGGAGAGAGCGAUGCCGACAAAUACUUUGGUCCGCUCGAUUAUUGAGACUUUCGAUCCAAAAAUCCGUAGUGAGAAGCGGCCGAUAAAAGAUUACUUUUGCCCAUGCAGGGGGGCUGCUGUUAUCACAGGUCUUGCGUAUACCCAAUGGUUUGUAGACGUUGCAGUGGUGGGCGUCUUGAUUACGUACUUCACAGAUACCUGGAAGAUAGACGACGUUCUCCCGUUUGCUGUUUUAACGGUAAAUCUACUAGAGGUUUUGUCAUCUGUUUUGGAAGUUGCGAUGACUUACAUCUCCGACAACCAUGUUACUCCUCUCAAAGUCAUUCUCUCCUCAGUUGCUGCCUACAUCAUCGGAAUGGUGAUGUUAUGCAUUUCGGCAUUCCAUCCGAUUGCCGGUGACAUGACCGGGAUGUACUUCGUACUGGUAGUGCUUCUGAUAGCUGUGGGAAAAGCCGGCGGGGUGCCUGUCUUGGAAGGAUUUCUAGUUGGUCAAUUAACGGCCCAUGAACCCAGGCAGCUGGACAUAGAUGAAGGAAGAGUAUACGCAAGAAAGAUUGUGUGGUGGAUCACUGCAAUGUUAUUGUGUAAACUUACCACUCCCUGGAUCUUCGGCUCUGCUGGUUGGCGUGUAACGUUCAUGGUGUCGACAUUGGUUAUGAGCAUUGGUUAUAUUCUGUUCUGCUGUGGCAUUCCUCUCUACCACAGAUCAUUGGAUGAAGCUGCUACUACUCCAGAAAUCCCCCAUGGAGCUAGCCCUGAAGAGAAUACAAACAAUGGUCCGACUCCAGCAGUUUCUCCAGAAAUUCACCGUGGAGCUAGCCCCGAAGAGAAUACAAACAAUGGUCCAACUCCAGCGGUUUCUCCAGAAAUCCCCCUUGGAGCGAGCCCCGAAGAGAUUACAAACAAUGAUCCGACUCCGGCGGUUUCUCUAGAAUUCCCCCGUGGAGCUAGCUCCGAAGAGAAUACAAACAAUGGUCCAACUCCAGUGAUUUCUCCAGAAAUCCCCCUUGGAGCUAGCCCCGAAGAUAUUACAAACAAUGAUCCAACUCCGGCGGUUUCUCCAAAAAUCUCCCGUGGAGCUAGCUCCGAAGAGAAUACAAACAAUGGUCCAAAUCGGGCAGUUUCUCCAGAAAUCUCCCGUGGAGCUAGCCCUGAAGAGAAUACAAACAACGGUCCGACUCCGGCAGUUUCUGCAGGAAGAAGACGAAUGGAGAAAUGGAAGCCUCUUUUUAUAAUGAUUCCCAUGUGGACUAGUUUUCUGAUAUUUGGUCUAGUACUAUCAACAGGCGACACUUUCUUCACCGAGCAAGGAAACAACAUGAAACCUACGGUCUCUAUAUAUAUAAUUAUUAUGAUUCGGAAGAUGACCAAGUAUACAAGCUCUUUCUUUUCCGCACUCUUGUUAAGAACACGAAAAACAAAAGGCAUUACAGUUGGAAUCGGGACAGCAAUGUUGGUCUCCGUAAUCUGUUGUUAUGUCGCGUGGCGUGUCGAGAUUCGCAGGCUGCAUGCCAUCGUGGAGGGCGGAUUUUGCGUCGACCAAGAUUAUUACGUACCCUUGAGUGACGACCAAGAUUAUUACGUUACUUACAUACCCUUGAGUAUUAUGCGUCUGGCACCGCAGUUCUGUCUGCUGGGACUCACGGAAGGGAUUGGCAGAAAAGGCCUGGAACUUUUCUUUGAGGUUCAGGUCUCUGAUGUGCCAAUGAAGAUAUAUGGAUCAGCACUAAAUGAAGCUGUGAUCGGGCUCGCAAGCUUCCUUAAUGCUAUACUUGUUUUCUGCUUCAAGAGCUGGUUCCGCGACACUUUAAACUGCAGUCGCCUGGACAAGUACUACCAAAUGUUGAUGAUACUGAGUUUUGUGAACCUAUGCUACUACAACGGGUUUGUCUCAAUUUAUUACUCAAACAAGAACAAAACCAGAGACGAUCUCCAAGUAGAAGCAGCAGGAGCAGAUGAGCAGAAUGAGCUUUACAUCUUGGAGGCUUUCGGAGCCGAAGAGCUGACUAUGAUGGAAGAGCAGGCGGAGCAGUAGAUAGGAACCCUAGUUUCCCUCCCCUUGUCGAAUAAAUGCACUAUUGUGAGAAUUAUGCUGUAAUAAUGAGUCAGACUCUUUUCAG